CUUUCUGUUAUAAUUCCGGGACUUGAUGUCAAAAUGAAACCUAAAAAAUAAAUAGGCUAAUUUCACGUUUUUCAUGAUUUGGAUAAAAAAUCCUGUGUAACCGCUUCGUUGAGCUUUUGUUCCCUAAUCAGCUUUAACAUGAAUAAUCAGGGAACUGGACGAUGAACCAGAGACAUGAAUAAAAACAUGUGAUUCCAGGAUCUGCUCUUUGGACCGAGAGGAGGAUUUUUGGGGGAAACCUUGAAAGCACCGCGUCGUCAGUUGGUUCCUGGAAGGAGGAAGAAGGAGAAGAAGAAGAAGAAGAAGAGACCGGGCAGCCGCAGCAGCAGCACCGGGCCACCACCUCUCCACACCCGGGCUAAUUUCACCGCGUUCCCGAGCCUUCAACCCGGAGUUCAGACCAGUGGACCGGAUGCCUCUAUGGUCCAGUUAACCUCCCGGCGAGAUACACCGCGACCAGUUAGCACAAGAGGUGAGCCAUGGCUGAACCAAACGCCUCCCGUCCCCAGAGGAAGAUGUCCACAGCCGGGGAGAGUGUGUACAAGGUGCUAGGGCUGGAGAAAGGAGCGACUGCUGAGGACAUCAAGAAAGCGUACAGAAAACUAGCGCUGAAGUACCAUCCGGACAAGAACCCGGACAACCCGGAGGCGGCGGAUAAGUUCAAGGAGAUCAACAACGCCAACUCCAUUUUAAAUGAUGAGACCAAGAGGAAGAUUUACAACGAGUACGGCUCCAUGGGCCUGUACGUGUCCGAGCAGUUUGGAGAGGAGAGCGUCAAAUACUACUUCCUUAUGUCCAAGUGGUGGUUUAAGGGUCUGGUUCUGUGCUGUACACUGUUCACCUGCUGCUGCUGUUGCUGCUGCUGCUGUUUCUGCUGUGGGAAGUGUAAACCACCCGAUGACGAUGACAACUACCAGUACCUGGACCCUGAGGACCUGGAGGCCCAGAUCAAAGCAGAGCAGGAUGGAGGUAACACAGUAAUCAUAGGCCAGCCCAAAUCUAACCCGGCUCCAGAAAGCUCAGACGGCCCGAGUCAGCCCAUUCCCCUGCCGCUGGCCAUGCCGCCGGCCGAGCCCAAGUCGCCGACCUCGGCCGGUCCAGCAGGGGCAGAAAACCCCGGGGAGACUUUACCAGAGUCGAAAUGACUCGAAAGUGACGGUGUGGAUGAGCCUCGCCGAGCAGAAGCAGAUGGCCGUCCGAGCCCCGUUACGACCCUGCCACAUACGACUGCUGCCGGACGUCCAGAACCCCAGAGAUCGACCAGCCACCAGCCAUCCCAGCCCUCGCCCCAUAACCCAGCUCCUCCCCCAACUGGACCACACCUGCAGAGUGGGCCCUCGAAGGCUCUCAGCCCACCUCCACUGAACUCGGACUGUGGAGGAGUAUCCAUGUAAAUCAAACCACUAACCGGGCUCAUGGAGAACUUCAUGCCAACUAGUAAAAAAAAACAGGCAUCAGGCCGUUCUUUAAUGAUCACCUAUCCCCCACCCCCGCCACAGUCCAACCUGGGGUGGGUGUGUCCUCUUUUCCUGGGCCAUGAAUAUGGGAAUAUGAAAAAAAAAAACAUGGUGGAUCCCCUUCUUUAUCCACUAUCCAGAGCAGGACUGGAAUUGUCUCCAUCUCCCAUCGCUCCCAGUCUCCCUCUGUUCUGGACUAUCAGGAGCUUAUUUUUUACAUUUCUUCUGCUUAAAUUAUUUUGCCCUUCAAAAAAGAAAAGCCACGAAGGCGAGUGGUCAAUUAACUCCUGUAUGAAAUUGUACAAAUCAUCUGAGACCAGCAGCGCAACAGAAACCGCACAUCUCCUCCUCUUCCUCUCGUCUCGAGGAACAAGCGACUUCGGUCACACGUUGCGUCACUGCCCUCUAACGCUCGUUGUUUCAUGGUUUGAGAAGAUGUUUCAAAGGAGGCGUGGACAGUUGAGGGUCGAGGUCACGACUACGUUUCACACAAUCUGAAGAUGUGACGCAGCAGAAGUGACUGCAGCUGCGACGUCCACGGAUUCUGUUUGGUGUUAAAGACGUCUGAGCCAGAACCUGGAGAUGCAAGAUCCCCCCCCCCCCCGUGCAUGCAUUUCUGUCCGGAUGCAUGCCCCCAACUGUACAGCACUGGAAUUACCCGACCACAGGUCAUGGAAGAGCUGCCGACUCAAACCUUACAAACUCUGGUUACACACUUCAUCCUGUAUACAAACACACACUUGUACCAGCCAACAUGUCAUUGUGUGCCACCCUUGACUUCAACAAGUAUAACCCCCCCUCAGCGUAAUCUAUAUCUUUAGGUGGACGGUAAGAGAUGCCAUACCAUGAAAAACAAAGCGUCUAAGAUAUAAAUGAAAACGACUUUGAAUUAAUUCUGUUUUGUCAACACUACAUUAUUCCUCUUCUUUUGUUGCAGACUAAGGCUACAUCCACACAACUAGGUUUUCGUUUGUUGACUCCUGGCCUCCAGUAUACUUUAGUUUGUUUUCUCAGAUUCGUCAGGCUUCUAUCACAUGACCCGCCCCCCCGGCCACCAAUGGAGAACCCAACAUGGAGAAUCCAUUACAAGUGUUACUGACCCUGUUGUGUAGUUAAAUUAUGUGUUUGACAACGAUACAACUGUUUACAUGUGGAGGAGUUGAGCUGUUCAAGCAACGCCAGUGGUCACAUGACUCGUGAUUUAAAACUGAUGAUGAGCUCGUGUGAAACUCCACUUUCAAUUGAAACCAUGUUAGCAUGGAUGUAGCCUCGUUUCGUAGACCAAAGCUAACAGCUCCAUGUAGCCAGCCGACCCCUCACCAGUCGGGUGGAGGCUGAUGCCAUUCGCUCUGGAAGCCACAGUUCUGUUUGUCAAAGUCUUGAGUCAUUUGCUUUUUAGGUGAAGCGAGUCUGAAGCCAUCCCAUUGUCUUUCUGUCUUUUUGCCUCUUUUCUUCCAGAACAAAAGAAAACAAUAGACUUUAAAGUGACUUGAUUAUCUGUAACCUCAGGUCCCAGAUUCACUGAGGAGGCAUUAGUCUCCUAAUUGGAUUGCACUGAGUUUAAUUCACUUGGCUCUGGAACAGCUCUGAGCCAGCUAUCGAUCAUAUUGCAAAUUUCAGGCCUGACCCUUUAAGUCCUGCACCUUGUCUUGAAUCAAUUAAUCUGAAAUCAGCUCUGAACUCAGUUUCUGAAGGAACCCAAUCUCAAACCACAUUAGCGUAAUCCUGUUAUCUAAUGAAUGCUGCUAGCUAGCCAGCUGCUAGCUUUAGCAUAGCGUUUGGUGUACGGUGGUCAGAGUGGAAUCAGUCGUCUUCUGUUGAAGAAAGAAAAGAGGCACAAAACUGUCCCUUUUUAAAAUUGGGCUUAUUUGAAAAGGCUUUUUGAAAACAUCUUGUCUAACGCACAUCAUGCUGCCGUGCCAUUGUUGUGUUGUGUUGCUUCUGGAUCUUCUUUUUUUUUUUUUAUCAGUUUUAAAAGAAAUGAUUUCCCUCUUACAGUGGCGGGUGAGAUCUUAAGGUUAAUCCUUCAUUCUCAUUCCUCCCAUGAUAAAUAAAGUCCACAGUGCGUCUGUCUAGUAAAUGUGAA